UCAUGACGAAGUGGAUGUUCUUCUUUGAUGUUGAUGAGUUUUUACAUGUUCCGGUGAAAGAGACGAUUUCGUCUGUGAUGGAAUCUUUGGAGGAAUAUUUUCAGUUUACUAUUGAACUGAUGCCUAUGAGUAGUCGGGUUUGUUAUUCCGGUGAUGGCCCGGCCAGAACUUACAGAAAAUGGGGAAUUGAGAAACUGGCAUAUAGAGACGUCAAGAAGGUUCCAAGACGGGAUCGGAAAUACGCGGUCCAGCCGGAGAAUGUAUUCGCGAUAGGCGUACACAUGUCUCAGAAUCUACAAGGGAAGACAUAGCACAAGGCUGAGAGCAAAAUCCGUUACUUCCAUUACCAUGGUUCGAUCUCUCAGCGCCGCGAGCACGCACUCCUUAUGUGCUAGACACUACAAUCCGUGAUGUUGGCCUUGCUGUGAGAACGUUCGAGUUGAGAACGAUUGGUGAUCGGCUGCUACGGACAAGACAAUGAAGAGAUGAAAAACAUGAAUAGUGAAUCUAAUCAAUCUUUAGAAAGAAGAAUUAGGUGUUAAGAUGAUUUACUUUGCAUUGUUUUCUUUUGGGGGUAUAUUCUUUUAUUGUAUCAUAUAAUUUGGGUAAUGGGAUCAUUAAUACAGCUUCAAAAUA